AUCGACAUUCAACUACUUUCACUCUUACUUUCAACCUUGAGGCAGUUGGAUUGCGGCAAAACCGGCGCGAUGCAAUUGGCAAUGAUGGCAGCUGACUCAUCAACAGAUAAGGUGUCUGUGGCCAACAUUAUCAUUGAUAUGUGGGACCUUGUGAACCAAAUUCUUGAACAACAGACUCUGCUUGAAAACUGGAUGAAAGGGGGCUUCAUGAACAUUGCCAAAGCAAGGUACGUGAUGGGCCAGCACUCUGUGGGCGAGAACCAGCUGCCGUCUGGUGAUCGUGAGAUCAGCGCCGGCCUGCUGGUGACCCGCGACCAGGCGCCUCCGCACGCCGCCGAGCCGGCCGCGUUCACCCUCUCGCCGCAGUCGAGCGACACCGAGCCGCUGCGCUGGUUCUCGGCGCUGCCGCCAGGGGCGCUGCGCGACGCCCAGCGGCAGUUCCGCCGAGCCGCCGAGAUCAGCUGCGAGGUCGCCUCGCUGAAGAGUCGGCUGCAGACGAUGAUGGCGAGGCUGAGUGAUGCCAGGAAGGAGUCUGAGGUGGAGGGUACGGACACUGAACUGAAAACGGCCCAACUGACGGAGGCCGUGGAAGCGCUUGCAGUAAAGUGAAUGCGAGGUAAAAUUAUCACUUUAGAAAUUAGAGUUCAUAACAAGAGUGUAAGCCUGUGUUGUGUGUGAACGAUAGUUAGGGUCAUAUCAUGUAUAGCUUGUAUGCUUUUGUAUCUUGUGUGUCGUGAGUCAGGCCAUAGAGUAAAAUAUUUAGAUUAAUCAUAUUGAACACUGUCGCGCAGUCCCCUGUUUGAUCGGAUUUGGUCUCUGCACAUUCCGAUACUAGUUACCGUGCUGUGUUUCGUGGUGUCUGUUAUUAACGAUCAAAUGAAACUAUUCAAUUGAACAUGUGUCGAAAUACAUUGUUAUGCCCUCAA